GAAGUUGCUGGUCACUUCCCUAUCUGGGAAGGCAGAGAGCACAGACAUCCAAUAGGGCUGGUGCCCUGGAGAGGUGCUCCUUUGGGGAGGAGGAAAAAAAGGUGUGUCAGCACAGUCACUUGUGGAGCUGACACAAACCUGAUUGAGAAAUGGGGGAAUGUGCGUGUGUGCCUGUGUGUGCCUGUGUGUGUAUGGGGAGGGGUGAGAGCCUAUAAAUCUACUGCCACAAGAGCUGAGGCCUUGAGCUGAAGGGAAAAUCCUUGCCUGCAGCCUCCUGUUCACAAGCAGGGACAAAGUAAAAGAAUGCAGAACCACAGAUUUCUAGAUACUGGACCUCAGCUUUCAGUUUCCCGCCUCCAGAAAUUAUUUGGAUUUUUCUUCUUUUUCUAUGCAUUGGCAGUGAGUGUUUCUGCUUCUAGCAUUCAACCCAAGAAAAACACAGUAGAAAACUGCCAGUAUCUCGGCAAGUAUUUUAAAAAAUUCAGGGUAGAAGCAGAACCUGUUGUCCUGAAAAGCCCUUUCCCGAAGCUCGGCAACAGGGUCCUCUUCAGUCUCCACUACAACCUGUCAUGGCAUAAAAAUGAUUCCGAGAAGACUGUUCUAGGAACCCACAGAUCAGGCAGAACAAGGACAAAAGAUAAUGCCCUUUGGAUUUUGCCAGCGACACCAGAGGACUCGGGAACUUACAUUUGCACCUUUAGGAAUGAAUCCUAUUGUGCCACAAUGUCUGUUGAGUUAAAGGUCUUUAAGAAGUCAGAAGCAUCUUUGCAAUCCCUUUCCUAUCAACAAGUUCUAAUCACUUCAGGUGCUGGAUAUCUAGUGUGCCCUGACAUCGAUGAUUUUAUCCAAGACAAGAAUGACAUGGAAAUCAAAUGGUAUAAGGAUGCAGUUCUUUUGGACCAAAGCAACAAGACGUUUUCAAUUUUGAAAGGAUCCGUUUACUGCCAUAUAAACAAUGUGUCAUUGGACAGCUCUGGUUACUAUACCUGCGAACUACCUUUUGUCUAUGAAGGUGUGAAGUAUAACAUCACCAGGCACAUUAAUCCACGCAUCAUCAAAAAAAAGGAGGAGACCAUGCCAGUGAUUAUUGGAUCUAAUAAGACUGUGUUGACUUCUCUUGGUUCAAAACUGAUAAUUCCCUGCAAAGCAUUUUUUGGCUUGGGUUCACGGCCUACAGCACUUUUGCGGUGGACAGCAAAUAAUACUUUCCUGCAUCAUGUCUACAAAGAAGGACGAGUUAAAGAGGGACAGCUCCAUGAAUAUUCAGAAAACAAUAGGAUCUAUAUGGAAAUGUCUCUGAUAUUUAAUUCAGUGGAAAAGAAGGAUUUGAACACUGAAUUUAUAUGCACUGCCCAAAACAGAUUGGGAUACCAGACCUUGCAAGUAAGAGUUAAAGAAGAACCUACGUUUUCCUGGGGAAUUGCUGUGGCUCCUCUCUCACUCAUCUUCUUGGUCUUUGUUGGCAUAUGGAUGCAUAUAAGGUGGAAACAGAAACCUGGAAAAGUAUAUACUACUACAAAAUCAAAGAUUAUCGCUCGUGAUUGUCAAUCCUCUACUCCUUACAGAAAAGAAAUGAUAUAAAACCACAAUCAUAUUCUUUUUUUUUUUUAAUGACAAACAGUUGUUCUCUUCUGGCCCCCCCUGUCCCUCCUUCCUACCCCCGCCCCCACACCCCUCGCCAAGAAUUCAUCCCGAAACCACUGGACUCAUGGUGAAGUGUUGACUCAGAAAGUAAAAUGAACAUAUGUUGACUUUCUGCAUGUGGCACUGUGUAGAAACCUUUUCCUUCUAUUGCUCCCAGCUUAAAUGAAUGGAGUGAAGGGUUUGCCUUUAUGGACCUUAAUACUUUGGUACCUGAAUGGAUCUGUGAUCUUAUCCAUCUGUUUAGAUCACUAGACCCUUCACUAUUUCCUCUGAGUUGUUCUUGUUCAUAUCCUGCAACCCCCCCCAUCUUUCAUCUAUCUCUAUUUAUCUUAUAUAUUUCUGCUUAUUUACAUAUUGUUUCCCCUAUUAGAAUGUGAGGUCCUAGAGGGCAAAUACUGGUUUUGUGUUUCUUUAUAUCCCUGGCACUUAGCACAUGCUUGUUCAUUUACAUUAAGGACUAUCUUCUAGGUUAGGAAUUCUUAAUCUGGGGUCUGUGAAUGUAUAUGUAUUCAAAUAUUUUGAUGACUAUAUUUCAAUAUAAUGUUUUUCA